AUGGACGUUUCCAGUAUUUUAAUCCCUAUGGAUGAACAAGCUCACAAAAUCAACUGGGAUGACUUUCUUAUUAACAAUCACAGUACAAAUUCAUUUUGGGAUUCUAAUAUUUCAACAUCAACUCCUAAUACCAAGCAGCAACCGAAUCUCCAGCAACUGGGUUUCCAUGAUAGCACAAAUGGGACCAGAAACGCCACCGAGAACAAUGGAUUUUCUAGUUCUCACACAGGAGUGAUGGUCAGCAGAAACUCCUCGGAAGUUCCUCGGACUACAGCCAGAAAAAAUCUCAAAGCAAAGAAACGUCCUCUCAAGCAUAACUACCAUGAUUUUAUUGACGAAGAAGAGCCAUCCUCCGAAGUAAGUGGGUUGCGAAGCGAGAACACAAACCUCACUUCUCCCUUGAUGAAGACAGUCAAGGAUAAUAGCGGCUGA